CUAGGGCUGAAGUAACUCCUCCUCGCUCUCUCCGGCUUUGUACUCAGAGCUGAACCCACGCCGCGGCUAGCUUCUCCAGGAUUCCGGGACUGAUAAACAACUGAUAAUGGCCCUUCACGUUCCGAAAGCUCCGGGCUUUGCCCAGAUGUUAAAGGAUGGCGCAAGGCAUUUUUCUGGCCUUGAAGAAGCUGUCUUCCGUAACAUCAAAGCUUGUAAAGAACUUUCCCAGACCACACGCACUGCUUAUGGACCUAAUGGCAUGAACAAAAUGGUCAUCAACCACCUGGAGAAGCUCUUUGUCACCAAUGAUGCCGCAACAAUCCUUCGAGAGCUUGAAGUGCAACAUCCAGCAGCAAAAAUGAUUGUGAUGGCUUCUCACAUGCAAGAGCAGGAGGUCGGAGAUGGUACAAACUUUGUGCUGGUGUUUGCUGGAGCUCUGCUUGAGCUAGCUGAGGAGCUGCUCAGGAUGGGCCUGUCUGUGUCACAGGUUAUUGAAGGUUAUGAGCAGGCCUGUAAAAAGGCUCUGGAAAUCCUACCAGACUGUGUCUGUACCUCAGCCAAGAACCUCCAUGAUGUUAAGGAGGUCACAUCCUACAUCCGCACUGCCGUCAUGAGCAAACAGUAUGGAAAUGAAGACUUCCUCGCUAACCUCAUCGCUGAGGCCUGUGUGUCCAUCUUCCCAGAGUCUGGUCAUUUCAAUGUCGACAAUGUCAGAGUUUGCAAGAUCCUGGGGUGUGGAGUGACGGCAUCCUCCAUACUUCAUGGUAUGGUCUUUAAAAAGGAGGCAGAAGGUGACAUCACAUCUGUGAAAGAUGCAAAGAUCGCAGUCUUUUCCUGUCCCUUUGACAGCAUGGUGACAGAGACCAAGGGCACUGUGCUGAUAAAUAGCGCUAAAGAGCUCAUGGACUUCAGCAAAGGAGAGGAGGAUUUGAUGGAGGCUCAGGUGAAGGCCAUCAAGGAGGCUGGAGCCAACAUGGUGGUUACUGGGGGUAAAGUGGCCGACAUGGCAUUGCACUAUGCCAACAAGUACAACCUCAUGCUAGUCAGGCUCAAUAGCAAGUGGGACCUCAGGAGGUUAUGUAAAACAGUGGGAGCUGUCGCACUGCCCAGGAUUAUGGCCCCAACUCCAGAUGAGAUGGGUCACUGCAGCAGUGUUUACCUGACCGAGGUGGGAGACACGCAAGUGGUGAUCUUCAAACAUGAAAAAGAAGACUGUGCCAUCUCUACGGUGGUAAUCAGAGGCUCCACUGACAACCUGCUGGACGAUAUUGAGAGAGCAGUAGAUGAUGGUGUCAACACCUUCAAGGUUCUGGUCAGGGACAAGCGACUGCUACCAGGAGCAGGAGCCACUGAGAUCGAGCUGGCCAAACAGAUCACUUCAUAUGGAGAGUCCUGUCCUGGUCUGGAGCAGUACGCCAUCAAGAAGUUUGCUGAAGCCUUCGAGGCACUGCCCCGGGCACUGGCAGAGAACUCUGGUGUGAAGGGAAGAGAGCUCAUCUCUAAGCUCUACGCUGCACAUCAUGAAGGAAACAAAAACAUGGGCCAUGACAUUGAGGGAGAUGGUCCUGCUGUCAAGGACAUGUUUGAAGCUGGAAUUAUGGAUCCUUAUUUGGUCAAGUACUGGGGCAUCAAGCUUGCCACGAACGCUGCCAUCACAGUACUUAGAGUCGACCAGAUCAUCAUGGCUAAGGCUGCAGGGGGACCGAAAACUCCCAAGCAGAGAGGACAUUGGGACAAGGAUAGUUGGGAUGAGGAGCCUGACAAUUUUGAAACCCACCAUUAGAGGGUGUUCAAACCCACCCUUUGUCAGUAGGUCCUGGAAUAUCAUCAUGGCAAAACCAGCAGGGGGACCCAAAGCCCCUCAGGGCAACAAUAACUUUGAUGAGGAUGACUGAGGCUAAAGCAGUCUAGUUGAUGCGGCUUUGACCUUCAACGCUCCUACACAAACGCUCAUCCCCUUUUCUAUUUGUUUAUUUAAAGCUUGACAGUUUGGUUUAUUUUGUAGAAAUGACCAAAAGCUGGUCACAAAGGAUUAUGUGAAAGUGAAAAUUCAGGAUGGCACUGUUUGCUUUUUAUGUUCUUCGUCCCAAAUAAAAGGCACUUGCGCUGUCAUGUCA